AUGGGAGCACCCCUUCCAUCGGCCCUAUCAGACGCCGAGCGCGCCGAGCUCCUGCGCGAUGUGCCCGUCCGCCCCUUCCCAACCUACGACGACCUUCCCUACCCCGACUUCUACCGUGAGCACCUGGUGCCCAACACGCCGUUCCUUCUCUCUGCAGCCGCGACCGUACACUGGCCGGCACGCACAGCGUGGGUAGCUGGCGAGCUCCCGAACCUGCCUUCCCUCUGCGCCUUCGCCGACCAAGUCGUGCCUGUCGCCAACACGGCCGAGCGCGAGUUCUCCGAGUUCGAGCGCUCCGAGCGCCCGCUCGGUGAGGUGCUCGACGCGUGGGAGAGCGGUGAUGGCGCGUCACUUUACGUCAAGGACUGGCACCUCGUCGCCGAGCUCGAGUUGGCGGGGCAGAGCGGGAGGGAGGUGUACGCCCCGCCCCCGUGUUUCCGAGACGAUUGGCUUAGCCCUCCAUUUGACACUUCGCCUUCCUCCAAGGCCGCAGCGCACGCAUCAACGGCCGACUUCCGCUUCGUCUACGCCGGCCCAGCGGGGACGUUCACUCCGCUCCACCGCGACGUGUACGGCUCGUACUCGUGGUCGGCGAACGUCGUCGGGCGGAAGCUCUGGUGGUUGUUUCCCCCAGGUACUGAGCACGACCCGGCGCUGCGGGACUCUCGUGACGAGCUGCUUUUCGACGUGCGCGGGCUCCCGGCCGAGGCGAAGGGGGUCAAGGUGCUGCAAGAGGCUGGCGAGGUCAUCUUCGUCCCGUCAGGAUGGCACCACCAGGUUGUGAACCUCGAUUUUUGUAUCUCGAUCAACCACAACUUCUUCUCGUCAGCGACCCUGUCGCGGGUAUACGACGCGCUCCGGGUGUCAGAGGCGCGGUGCGCCGCUGCGAUCGACGACGUGCGUGGGGACAUCAAGGCGCGCCUCGGUUCUGCCACGGUCGAGAUUGCAGGCGAGACCGUGCCCGCCUGGGAGGCCGAAUGGGCCGCCGAGGUCGACGGCCUGCUGGCACGCGACGCCGGCUGGGGGUGGGCCGGGUUCUGGGGCUGCGUCCUGGAGAACAUCAUGCACCCGCCCACGAGCGCCGAGCUCUCCCCGCCCACUGCGGACCGGGACGCGUUUGUCCGCGCCGUGCUGGACAAGUUUAAGGCGUCGUCCGAGUGGCGGCUGCUUCCUGAGGCGAGGGCGAUCGCCGCGCAGGUUGAAGAGCUGCUCGCGGCACCGAGUCAAAGCACCUUAUAAACACACCAACCCACCCGCACAUUGUACCACUUCACCAUAGAUCCUACAGCAUCUCCUCGUG